AUAAUGUAUCCCGUACGAUAUGAUGUACAAGUCUUGCUUCAUAUGUUGCAAGUCACUAACUAGCUAGCUUCGGUUAUAUAUCAUCACUUAUUCUCUUAGCAUAAAAAUUCCGAUCAACCGUGAGCAUUUUUAGAAGAUGGUUUGAUGGAAAUAACACCCGGCGAUGUUAGAUUCAAAUACUGGGUUCAGCAGUGUGCCGAUUUAAUUUCUUCAGAUUGUUGUUGAUGUUUACAAGUGCUAACUGAAUCGAAUUGAAGUUAUGGGGUUCGAAGAGACGUUUACGGCUUAUUUGGUGGGGAAAGAUCUGAUCAACAAGAGCUUUCAUUUUGAGUACAAUAGGCUCAAAAAUGAUUUGAACUUUUGCAGGCAUCAUAGACAUAAUGAAGCUUCCGUUGAUUCUCAUAUUGAUGGUUUCAAUCAGACACAAUGCCACAGGUGUGAAUGGAUGUUCACCGAAUUAACAACAAAAGCCACCAAGAUGACUGAUUAUUUUGGUUUGAGAGUCGGGCAGCUUGUUCAUCUUCAUUUCUCUCCUGGUAUGCGAAGAUUCUUAGCAGGCCCGUUUCAAUAUUUCAAAGAUGAUCAUGAAGCAGCACUCCUACACAAAGGAUGGAUGCUAAUCCAGUUUGCUGUUAUGAAUGCUAUCGCACUGAGGAAGAUUCUUAAGAAAUAUGAUAAAGUUCACGAAGCUGAAAGCGUUAUCAACUUUAAAUCCAAACUACAAGCCAAGCACUUGGAUAUUAUGCAAUCGCCAUGGUUGAUUGAAUUAGUAGCUAUGUAUAUGAAUCUUAAAGGUUCAGACAGUUUGAUCUCAGAUGAGCUUUUUGGUCCACUCUCUUGUGAUAUCGACAUCUCAAAUCAAGGGUCUGUACUGACUUUAACUCUUCUAGCGUCGGAGAAAUUGGAAUGCAAUCUCACGUGUCCUAUUUGCUUGGACAUUGUUUUCCAACCAUAUGCUUUGAGCUGCGGACACAUUUUUUGCAAGUCUUGUGCAUGUUUAGCUGGGCAUGCAUUGAUCAUUGAAGGCUUAAAAUCCGCAAGCCCUGAGUCCAAAUGUCCAGUUUGCCGAGAGAGUGGUGUGUAUGACAAACCAGUUUGCAUGUCUGAACUAGGUUGGCUCUUAAAACGAAGGUAAUAUCGUUUAUUUUGAUAUUAAUUUACAAUAGA